GGGGUGCAGCGAGGCUGCGGACGGGUCCUGCCGCCCCCCCCCGUGUCCCGCCCCGGUUAUUUGCUGCCGGCUGCGCUCCCCGCUGACGGGACUCGGCGGCAGCCCCAGUGAUGGAGGAGGGAGAUGGGUGCUGGGAACGCCUCCUGCCCUCACUGCGGGACCGCGGCCACCUCCGGGAGAGCAGCCAGCGCCUCACCCCGCCGCGCGCACCCCUCCCGGGUGCCACAGAACGGCCCCCACCCCGCGGUGCCCGCCUGUGAGGUGCGGAGCCGCGCAGCGAGCCCCCUUCUCCCCUCACCGCCCUCCCUCCACUGCGCACGCGCAGCGCCACACCGCCCCCCGCCGCCUCCGCCCCUGACGCAUGCGCAGCGCCGCGCGCGGGCCAAGAUGGCGGCGGGGAGCGCCGCGCGCUGGCUGGGGGCCGCCGCCGGUGCCGCGCGGGGCUGCGCGCAGGGAGCGGGGCCCGGCCGGGGCGGGGAGCGGGGGGCGCUGCGGCUGCCGCUCCUGUGGCUGCUCAGAGGGCUCGGAGCCGCGCAGGGACCCGCCGCACGCCGCCCUUCGCUGCUGGGAGCCGGGCUGUGGGCCGCGGGCCCGAGCCGCGUCCCGGCCUCCUCCUUCCACAGCAGCUCGGCGGCCCUCGCCAAGGAGGAUUACUACCAGGUGCUGGGGGUGCCGCGCUCCGCCAGCCAGAAGGAGAUCAAGAAGGCCUACUACCAGCUGGCGAAGAAAUACCAUCCCGACACGAAUAAGGAUGACCCCAAGGCUAAGGAGAAGUUUGCGCAGCUGGCAGAAGCCUACGAGGUGUUAAGCGAUGAGGUGAAGCGGAAGCAGUACGACGCUUACGGCACAGCCAGCUUUGAUCCUGGCGCAACAGGCGCCGGUGCUGGUGCUGGGCGCCAGUACUGGAGCAGCGGCCCCUCCAUCGAUCCGGAGGAGCUUUUCAGGAAAAUCUUCGGCGAGUUCUCGGGGUCCCCUUUUGGCGAUUUCCAGAACGUCUUCGACCAGCCGCAGGAGUACAUCAUGGAACUGACCUUCACCCAAGCUGCAAAAGGUGUUAACAAGGAGAUUGUGGUGAACAUCAACGACUCCUGCGAGCGCUGUGGAGGGAGAGGGAACGAGCCUGGUACCAAAGCGCAGCACUGCCACUACUGCAACGGCACGGGCAUGGAAACGAUAAAUAAGGGCCCCUUUGUAAUGCGAUCUACAUGCCGACGGUGCGGCGGUCGUGGUUCCAUCAUCACAACCCCGUGUGUGGUGUGUCGAGGAACGGGGCAAACCAAACAGAGGAAGACAGUGAUGGUUCCCGUGCCAGCAGGUGUUGAGGACGGGCAGACAGUUCGGAUGCCUGUGGGGAAGAAGGAAAUUUUCAUCACGUUCAGGGUUCAAAAAAGUUCCGUGUUCAGAAGAAAUGGCGCAGAUAUCCAUUCAGACCUCCUUAUUUCAGUAGCACAGGCUGUUCUGGGAGGUACAGCCAGAUGUCAAGGCUUGUACGAGACAAUCAAUAUCACGAUACCCCCUGGUAUUCAGCCAGACCAGAGAAUUCGAAUGAGUGGGAAAGGCAUUCCCAAGGUUAAUAGUUAUGGCUACGGAGACCACUACAUUCACAUAAAGAUAAAAGUUCCUCAGAGGCUGACGGAUCGCCAGAGAGCCUUAAUGAUGAGCUAUGCUGAGGACGAGAGAGAUGUGGACGGCACAGUGAACGGAGUCACAAAUACAGCAUCAGGUGGCAGGGCCACGGCUAGAGCUGGCGCAGGCGAGGAUAGGCCUGAGGCUGAGGAGAACAAGGAGGGAUUCCUUUCCAAACUUAAGAAAAUGUUUAGCUCCUGAUACCCAUCCGAGGGAAACGUUCUACUGGAAACUAAGAGCCAGCAGCAGCAGAUCACCUUAGCAGUCGGGGAUGGAUCCUUCUGGCAGCGGGCUCUGGAGAGCGAAGGAUGUCGGUCAGCAGCACAGUGAGAAUCCCAGCUGGAGGCCACAAAGCACCGCGGCACCAACCCUCAUCACGAUACAAAAGCAACCCAGCGUCCUAGGAAAUGGUAACAAUGGAAGAUGCCAGCUUUGUGGUAAUGUGGGUGUCUCCUGAGGUUGUUCCACUGUCCAUACUGCUGCUAGAAGCUUAUUUGGUUUAAAAAAAAAAAAAAGUAUUAUUUAGAAUCUAAACCAGUGGAAAUGUGAAAAUAAAGAAUUGUCCUUCCAGCACAGAGCGGAGCAGUCUGCUGUAUGGAGCCCGAGAUGGCUGCUGGUCACUCAGGUGCCCCUCUGAAUGCUAGACGUGCGUGGUGAACUUGGCACUGCUUAUCUUCUCCUAGGAGACUCGGUGUGCCCGUGGCUUUUAAGCCUGUCUUCACAACAGUCUCCCGUGCCCUUCUAGCCACCCUGCAUCGCGCUCGCAGCAGGAUGUCUCUCCCUUCUGCUGGGACUUGUCAGAGCCCAGCUGCCCCGGCUUCCUCCGCAGCCCUGGGUUUCUUAGUCCUGCUGAUUUCCUGCACGAAGCGCAGAGGUGGGAUCUGCGCUUUGCCUCAGGUUUCCUCCCCCUCCUCACCAACUGAAGUUACUACGGAGAUGCUGUUGCUUCUGAGCUGGGACAAGCUUGUCACCAAGCCCUUUGCCAGUUUGGACAAACUAUUUUAUUGUUAGUGCAACACCCAUAGCAUAAACGAUCGGUCAGAGUCAUUGUUCUACAUGUGUGAGAAUGCAAGUGAAGUGGAUCGCUCCUUCCAGGAGGAGCUGAGCUCUUGCAGUGAGUAUUUUCAUGGUUACAGUUGCCCGCUGUUGUUAGCUAUGCCGUGCAGGUACCAUCAGCCCACACACUAAUCGACCAGCUAAACGAGAACAUGUCGUAGUCCUGCCCUUCUUAAUUUGCUGAAAUAAAGCACGCGUUGCCUCCUGAUUAAAUUGCCUGUAAAGUGAUUCUGUAUCCAUGUAAAUAAGAUUGAUAAAGAUAUUUAACACUG